GUCUUGGGUGUAAAGAAGAACAUUGAAGAUGUACAAGGAAAAGAUAAUUAUCCUUGUGGUCAGCAAUUGUUAAUCCACAAUGGGAAGGUUUUAAAAGAUGAAACAACCCUAGCAGAGAACAAGGUUUCUGGAGAUGGUUUUCUCGUUGUUAUGCUUAGUAAGAGUAAAACAGUUGGUUCAGCUGGGUCAUCAUCUACUCAGACAACUACCAAUGCACCAACAACUACUCCAACAUCAAAUUCUACUUCCACUCCUGAAGCUCCUACACAAACACAACCACCAGCCUCAAGGGAUGUCGCUACUUCAGAUGUGCCAACAACAAAUGCGCAAAUCGAUACAUAUGGACAAGCUGCUUCAAAUUUAGUUUCUGGGAAUAACCUUGAGCAGACUAUUCAAGAAAUAAUGGAUAUGGGUGGUGGCAACUGGGAUAGAGAAACGGUUACCCGUGCACUUCGUGCAGCUUAUAAUAAUCCAGAGCGGGCAGUAGAUUAUUUGUACUCUGGUAUUCCAGAAACCACAGAAGUUGCAGCUCCGGUGGCUCGUCCCCCAACUAGCCAGCCUAUGGAAACAGGUGGUGCAACUGCUACCCCUGUUUCUGGAGCUCCUAACUCAUCUCCCUUGAAUAUGUUUCCACAGGAGUCCCUUGGUGCUACUGCUGCUGGUGGUGGUGGUGGUAGCCUUGGAUCUCUUGAGUUCCUUAGAAACAAUCCACAGUUCCAAGCAUUGCGGUCUAUGGUGCAAGCCAAUCCGCAGAUAUUACAGGCCAUGCUUCAGGAGCUUGGGAAGCAGAACCCUCAGCUUUUGAGAUUAAUUCAGGAUCAUCAAGCAGAGUUUCUCCAGUUAAUAAAUGAGCCUCUUGAGGGCUUCGAAGGGGAUCUAUUUGAUCAGCCUGACCAAGACAUGCCCCAUGCUAUCAAUGUCACGCCAGCUGAGCAGCAAGCGAUCGAACGACUGGAAGCAAUGGGGUUUGAUAGAGAUCAAGUGAUUGAGGCAUUUUUAGCUUGCGACCGCAAUGAGGAAUUGGCUGCCAACUAUCUCUUGGAACAUGCUGGCGAAUACGAGGAUUAAAUGGUGAACUUCAUCACAUUCGAUGAAUAGUUUUUAAUUUUUUUUUAUCCGUUAUUUAGAUGGAUCAAUGGAUUUGUUAGCAUCUAAGGUUUGGAUUUCUUGCUGUACUUUCAAUAAUGUUUUUCUUUUGAACAUUAAAAGUUAAUUGGCACAUAUGAUCACCAAAUAUAGAAUGUUGAGAGAAUAGCAUUUAGAUUAAGCCGAAAUGCUGAUUGUUUUCAAGUAGCAUAAAUAUAAGCUCAAAGCUACUUUGCUCGUGUCAA